AAAAAGUAUACUCCAGAAUGAAAUCAACAAAUAGAUGUAGUUAGGCUAAUGAAUUGAGUAAUGAUCGAAUUAGUGGCACUUAAUGAGAGUCAAAAUUGAUAGUGCUAUUUCUUCGCAUGUAUGAAGCUGUACACGUAUCACUUGGCAGCGCCGUGAAAACAUGCCCCACAAGUCACAGAGCACAACCCCCAUGCAUAUAUAGCAAGAGAAAAAGGAAAAGCAAGAGGAAUUGGUUAAAAUAAAAUAAACGCAAACCAAGGGUUGGGGGACUUAUAUAGGCACACGCCGAGACAUAAAUUCACAUCUCAGAGUUUCCAUACGCACUCCGAAAUCGAAUAAGUUGCAUACAUUGAGCUGCGGAAAUGUGGCGGUGCGUCGCUCGUCGACUUCGUGUUCCUCCACCCUCCGACGGAUCCACACCUAAUCACUCUCUUAGAUCUCACUUUUCUAGAUUCUUCUCUAGCGGAGGGAACUCGUCGUACACGGUGGUGGAUCAUAAGUAUGAUGCUGUUGUGGUAGGUGCUGGUGGCGCUGGGUUGAGAGCUGCUAUUGGACUUUCCGAGCAUGGAUUCAACACUGCUUGCAUCACCAAGCUCUUCCCAACUCGUUCUCACACUGUUGCAGCUCAGGGCGGUAUAAAUGCUGCAUUGGGAAAUAUGACUGAAGAUGACUGGAGGUGGCACAUGUAUGACACUGUCAAGGGAAGUGAUUGGCUAGGAGAUCAAGAUGCCAUCCAGUAAUUUGGUGGUCAAAGCUUGAACUUUGGAAAGGGUGGUCAGGCCUACCGAUGUGCAUGUGCCGCUGAUCGUACUGGACAUGCUUUGUUGCACACUCUUUAUGGCCAGGCUAUGAGACAUAAUACACAGUUUUUUGUUGAGUAUUUUGCAUUGGACCUUAUAAUGAAUAAUGACGGAAGUUGCCAAGGAGUAAUUGCCUUGAAUUUGGAGGACGGAACAUUACAUCGGUUUCAAGCUGCUUCAACAAUUUUGGCAACAGGGGGUUAUGGUAGAGCAUAUUUUUCCGCAACCUCUGCACAUACAUGUACUGGAGAUGGUAAUGCCAUGGUUGCACGUGCUGGACUCCCUCUCGAGGAUUUGGAGUUUGUGCAGUUUCACCCAACAGGUAUAUAUGGAGCAGGUUGCCUUAUCACAGAAGGUUCCCGGGGUGAAGGUGGAAUUCUAAGAAAUAGUGAAGGUGAGCGAUUUAUGGAACGAUAUGCUCCCACUGCAAAGGAUCUUGCAUCAAGAGAUGUAGUUUCAAGAUCAAUGACUAUGGAGAUUCGGGAAGGUCGUGGUGUAGGACCCUUGAAAGAUCACAUCUAUCUCCACUUGAAUCACUUACCCCCAGAUGUGCUCAAGGAGAGACUUCCUGGAAUAUCGGAAACAGCUGCUAUUUUUGCUGGUGUGGAUGUUACAAAGGAACCCAUUCCUGUUUUGCCCACUGUGCAUUAUAACAUGGGUGGUAUACCUACAAACUAUCAUGGAGAGGUGGUUACCAUUAAAGGUGACGACCCAGAUGCAGUAGUUCCUGGAUUGAUGGCUGCUGGAGAAGCAGCUUGUGCGUCGGUGCAUGGAGCCAAUAGGCUUGGUGCCAAUUCGCUUCUGGAUAUUGUAGUUUUUGGCAGAGCUUGUGCAAAUAGGGUUGCAGAAAUCCAUAGGCCAGGAGAAAAACAAAAACCUUUAGAGAGUGACGCUGGUCAGAAAACAAUUGCCUGGCUGGACAAGUUGAGAAAUUCAAAUGGUUCAUUGCCAACAGCGAAAAUUAGGUUAAAUAUGCAACGGAUAAUGCAAAAUAAUGCUGCUGUAUUCCGUACACAAGACACAUUAGCAGAAGGUUGCCAAUUAAUUGAUAAAGCGUGGGAGAGCUUCCAUGAUGUCAAGUUGGAGGACCGGAGUUUAAUUUGGAACUCCGACCUGAUUGAGACUAUUGAGUUGGAAAACCUUUUGAUUAAUGCCUGCAUCACAAUGCACUCAGCUGAAGCCAGGAAAGAAAGCAGAGGAGCUCAUGCCCGUGAGGAUUUCACGAAAAGAGAUGAUGAGAACUGGAUGAAACACACUUUGGGGUAUUGGGAGAAGGAGAAGGUCCGGUUGGACUACAGGCCGGUGCACAUGAAUACACUAGAUGAUGAGGUUGAGUCAUUCCCUCCCAAAGCUCGUGUGUAUUAAUUUACUUGUUUUUGUGGACGGUUUAGGCGUAUUUGCUCCACCGAGGAAUGACUGGUGCAACUUGAAAAAAGAUGCAAUAAAUCGUCGUAGAUGCUUGUUGAUUUUUUAUGAUAAUUGUUGCAUUAUUUAUCGAUGCGGCAUCCGCAGUAGACACUGUAUUUGUAGCAGAAAAUAAUAGCAAAUACAAUUCCAGUUACUGGUUUUGUAUGUGGAUAAUAAGUUUUCGAGUGUAUAUGGCCUGCCAAAUGACGCUUCAGCACGUUUUUGGUUGCUAUCAUGGCUCCCUAAACUUGUAGCAUUUCCUUACAAGUGACGCUACAUUUUAACCAGUUUUGUUCAACUC